AUGGAUGAAGAAAUUUGUCUAUCGCUAACCAAGAUAAAUAGAGAUGUUAGAAAGGAAAAUAAAUCCGUCAGAAAUCGACUUCAGAGUAUCCUUUUAGACAAUAAAUUUUUACAAGAUCGAGUUAUUCCUGUAUUUCCCUAUUUUCCACUGGUGCCCAAUGAAAGAUGUGGGAUAUGGUAUUGCAAGCCAUCAACUUAUAAGCAGACCAGUUACUUCAAAAGCACAGAUGGCCACGUCAAUCAAUGGGACUUUAGCACCCGAAGAUUGAACUUCCAUUUGUUAGAGACUAUUAGAGAUAAUAAAGGUAUUAUAAUCGUCGAUAGUACAAGAAGAGGUAAAAAAAUACCGGAUGCUCUAAGUAAAACUGUUCCCAUUUGGUGUGCGGUAUUGAAUACGAUUAUGCUUCAAGAAACAGAAGAAAACUUCGACAUUGAUAAAGCGUUAUACCUUCCGCCUGAGACGGUACCCAAAUCAGAGUACGACAUGAUCAAGAGAAAAAUACCUGAGUUAGUUACCAAACUACGAAAGUUAAAUAUUAUAGAUUCUAAGAAAUUAAAUGAACUGUUUAUGGGCAAAAUAUUGCGACCCAUAUGGGUUCAUCCCGGCUCGUCAUUACUAAACCAUUCUGUUGAUUAUUUUACGGGCGAAAUACAGCAGCAUGAAACUUGGGAAACCCCUGAAGACCAAAACAUUAUACCUAUUAUUUUGUGCACAGUGAGUUACCAAGCACAAGAUGGUAUGGAUAAACGGUAUGGCUUUACCUAUGUGCAGGGUGCAGCCGACGACCAUGAGCUCUGGUCUUUUGGUUUAGAUUCAAAGAUGUUUUGGGCUCACGUAGAAUUUUUAUGUGACAAAAAUAACUCAGACGAUCAGUUGCAUGACUAUAUCACGGAUUUAGUUGCUAAAAAGCUAAAAAGUCAAAUGUAUAUUCAAGAUAAAGGUGGCUUGGAUGAAAUUUUUGGGAAAGUUGAUAAAAUCACGGAUGAAAUAUCCCUGGGAAAAGUAGUUCAAGGCUUAUUCAUCAAUGAAAAAUUGAAAGAAGAAUUAAAAUCAGAGUACGGUAAAGUUCUAAUUUUAAGUGAUUCUGUAACUGUUGCCGAAGAUGCAGGUGUUGUAGAAGCAACCAAAUCAAAUCCCUUUAUUACAGUUUAUAAAUUGCAAAGUGGAGACAAGAAAAGUUCAAAGGCUUUACGAUCUAUUUUACCGAAGAUUCACGAAGAAGUUGAAUUGGCGUUCGCAAAUCGAGCAGAAGAAAUGAGGCCCAUGCUUGUAUGUUGCAAUACGGGGACAGAUAUGUCAAUUGGUGUGAUUUUGAGUAUCCUUUGUACCAAGUAUACCGAAGAAUGGAUGCUCACUCAGGAGUUACCGGAAGUUAAUAAGAUUAUAAUAAGAAAACACUUGACAAAAUUGAUUUCUCACUUGCACGGUCGUAAUGUUAAUCCGUCAAGAGCAACACUGAACAGUGUCAAUAGUUUUUUAAUGUAG